AUGGAACAUUUUAAAGAACAACAGAUAGUCCGAUGGCUAGAAGAAGAGUCCGAAGAUAGUGUGGAUGUUCCGAUCGAUGAAACAUCAGAUGGUGAGAAUUCUGAUUAUGGACCUGAUGUUAUUGAAGAAAGUUCUGAGGAAGACGGUACAUCGGAUCCUGAACUGCCCGAAGAACUAGAUUCUGAGGACGAUGAUGAAGAUAAUGUUCCACUCGCUAAACUAAGAACAUCGAACCAUUAUGUUGUUCGUCGGAAACUACGCAAUGGAAAUACUGAAACGAUAUAUCGCUGGAAGAAAACUGCUCCCAAUCCCUCAGUUAGAACCCGACAGCAUAAUAUAAUAUCGCAUUUGCCGGGACCACGAUAUAUAGGUCGUGAUUGCAACACCCCUUUGGAGGCAUGGAGUUUAUUUUUUCCCAUAGAUGUACUGAAUAAUAUUGUUCAAUAUACUAAUGAAAAAAUUCAGACUCUUCAGGAUAAAUAUGGAAGGUCACGAGAUGCGCAACCGACAAAUAUACCGGAGAUAAGAGCAUUACUAGGGUUAUUAUACCUUAUUGGUACACAGAAGUCCUGCCAUGUAAAAAUCGAAGAGGUUUUCUCAGCGGAUGGGACAGAACAUAUGUCCGAGACAUGCAGCCUCAGUUUGCUCAAGCUGUUCGGAACAGCGAAGUGA